GCCUCCGCGUCCUCCCCUCCGCGUCUGUCUGUCUGUCCGUCCCAGCGCGGGUGGGGGCUGCUGACUCAUCUGCCCACGGCCCCCCCACGGCGGGCGCUGCGAGGGGCUGCAUUGCAGACCCGGGUGCGCCAGCAGACAAAAGCGACGCUGCAGUGCAGUGCGGCUGUCGGCACAAAGAGCUGCCGGCCUCCAGCCCUCCUUCCCUCUGCAGCCUGACGAUGCUGGACACCAUCAGCAACCAGUACGACUCCUUCAUCUACUGGAGGAUGCCGAUCCCGCGGCUGGAGCUGGCGGAGCUGGAGGGGCUGGGGCUGGGCGAGGGGCCCCUCUACACGCCCCGCAGCGGGCUGGCCAAGCUCCCGGGGCCGCGGGAGGCAGCUGCCCAGGGCAGCUCUGCCGAGGAGGACAGCCUGCUGCCCUUCAACAGCUUCAACUUCUGGAGAGCACCCAUCGCCAGCAUCAGCUCCUUUGAUUUCGACCUCAUCUGACGUCCUCCCCUCUCCCCCCCACCCUCCUCCCUGCUAGGCAUGCCAGGGUUUGGUUUUGUUGGUUCUGUAUGGUGUUGUUUUUUUGUCUCUGGGUGCUUUUCAGCAUUGCUAUCGAAUCCUCGCCUUGUGCCUCCUCACUCCACUUCUUCCUUCGGAAAGCAUCGCAGCGGAGUAAGCCUGGGGCAAGCAGGAACCACUGCGUGGCUUCCAGCAGGAGCCUGGCCCUAAUGCCAGGUCGUUUUUGGGGUCAGCUUUCACAUGCCUCCUCCGUGGGCCCAGGUUUAUUUCUCAGUGCCAUCUUGAAGUGGGGGGGAAAAAAAAUCACAAAUCCUGAAUCACUUUGGCUUUUACGCAUGUUUUUUUUCCAAGAUUGUUUCCUGGGAGAGCUAACAUGAGAGCUCUGUCUUUUUGGUUGUGCUUUUGGGGUUUGAUGUGGUUCCACGGGGCAUUUUGUGAAAUUGUAGUGGAUCCUGAUGAACUAGUGAUGUGGAACAUCCCAAAAUUGUCUAAAGAGUUCAGGGGCAGGUGGCCAGAGGUAGCCUGAGCGCUGAAAAGGCACCAAAAAGAGGCAAAUAUUGGCAAAAUCAUGCUCUCCAUUAUGAAAAUGGAGAGCAAGCAGAGGUGAAAAAUGUAAACUCCCCUGCGCAAAGCUGUUUGAUUUCUGUGCUCCAAGCUGUGAAAACCACAGGAGAGGUAUUUAAAAUAAAAUUAUUUAAAAACAUACACAGUCCUGCAGACACUUAAAAACCCAGGUAGACUGGAAUCGAGUUCUUUCAGUACUUUGCCAUUAAAUUGUUUUACGCCUUUCCUGUGAGCUGAUAACUGAAACAAUAACAUGUAGCCUUGGACAAAACUUUUUUUUCUUUUUUUGGAUGCUGGAAAUUGGAAAGAAUGCUAAAUUAGAGGCCUAUUUCUGGGUCCCCUGCACCUGGCAGAACUGUUUACAUUAAUAUUGUGUGGGUGCAAGAGGGCUUGUAGGAACAAGUUUUCCUGUUUCCCCAGGACAUUUGACUAUUUUGACACCAUCUCCCCCCAAAAAAAUCAAACUUGAAGAAAAGCAUAAGCUUAGGAAAUCACCCAUGAAAUGAAUCUGUGAAAAAGUAAGUUUAUUCUUUAGGCUGGCACAAAAUAUUUUCUUUCAACUAUCAGUCAUCAUCAUUGAUUUCUAGAUUUGUGCACAGGCACACACAUCCAUAUAUAUAUGAGUGCAAUGAAAAAGUCCUUUCAAACUGAGAAUGGGAACAUCCCUCUCUAAGGAGUGUGCAGCAGAACAUUCACCAUUGUGGGGUUGCUCCACUACCGUGGUUAUUCUUUCUUCUAAAUGAAAUGUCAGCAAGAUGUACCAGUUUCCCUCAAAUACCUGGACUUUGACUAAGCCCCGUUUUCUCUCGGCAAAAGGUCUCCUCAGCCCCGCUCCAAUGUGUGACCUGUGGGUGUUGGCAUGGGCCAGGCUGUGAGCUGGCUAACAGCUUUUGGACACUUUGGUUUUGGACCAGGCGUUUAGGGGCACGUGUCGGUGAGCAGGAAGACAUGUGGGUGCUGGCCAGGACCAUCUCACAGCCCAGGCUGCUGAAACCCCGCUGUGAUCGCUGCAGGGAGGGCACACCCUGGUGGAGAGGCAGGCUUGGCGGCUGUGUGCUCAGCACACCUUGAACAGGCGCCAAGAAGAGAGAGAAACCCACUAAAUACAGCAAACAAACAUCAAAAUCACAUGGCUCUCCUAUACGAUGAUCCCAAGACCAAAACAGCAGCGAGGAGGAACUCCUGGAAUUUCUCCAGGACAUGGCACUGUGUCUUCAAAACCCGUAAGACUGCCUAGAAAUGUGCGCUUAUGUUCCCCACCGAGCUGUCCUGCUCAAGCCCACGUACUCUGUAACCAUGGGGUGGAUAAGCAAGUGCCUGUCUGUCCCUGAUAACCCGUACUGGGGCGCUGAGUUUGAGUGAAGAUGGCCGUGGUGCACAGCACAGCAGGGUCAAGUCUGGUAGCAACCAAAAGCAGGAAGCAUUUCACCUCUAGCCCCGGCAGCAUCCACGCUGUACGAAGCGAGUCUGGUGCAGCAACCGGCUCCCACGCGAGACCUGGCGUUUGUGUCCAGCCUUCUGUAAUGCCUAAUUUGUGUCUUACAUCCAUCUGAAAGAAAUAUAAUCAAAUAAAAAGUACAAGACAGGUAACACCUGAUUUGCCUUCACAAGCUGAUGUUUUCUGACCUCUACCUGCUGUACUCACCCACCACUUGCCCUUGAUUACCCCCAUGGAAGUAUAUUUUGUUUUGUUUUUCAGUAUUUCAAAGUGCCCUGGUUUACCCAAGGCCCCAGACUGUAAACAGUUGCUGUACCUGGCAAUCUGUCACUGCUGCUUUACUAUGCUGCCUUUAACAACUGUUAAUAAAGGCUGAAUGUCCUCUUGUGUGA